AUGGCAGACCACCUUCAAGUUCAACAUCAUCAACAACAACUGAAUCUGCCACCAGGGUUCAGGUUUCAACCGACGGACAUGGAGAUCAUCACCUUCUACUUGGUCCCCAAGGUGCUGAAGAAAGUCUUCGACACCACGGUGGUCAAGGAGGUGGACCUGAACAAAUGUGAGCCAUGGGAUCUCCUAAAUAAGGUAAACAUGGGGGAGAAGGGGCGAUACUUCUUCUCCCAGAAGGGUCUCAAGUACUCCACCGGGAUACGGACCAACCGGGCCACGAAGGCCGGUUAUUGGAAGGCCACCGGAAAGGACAAGGAGAUCAUCCACCCACCGACCAUGAGUAUCAUCGGCAUGAAGAAGACGCUCGUAUUCUACAAGGGAAGGGCCCCCAAGGGGGAGAAGACAAACUGGAUCAUGCACGAGUACAGACUCAAGAGCGGUAAGCAACCCACACCCGGCCUGCCUGCUGACAUCGCCAAAGCCACCACCAUUAAUGCAUCUUCCAAGGGGGAGUAUGUGGUUUGUAGAAUCUUCCAUAAAAGCACUGGGCUGAAGAAGGUGAUGAUGCCAUCAUCUGACAUGUCCAUUCCCAUGUCCAUGGGGGAAGAGAAACAACAGAGCUUUCUCAAAUCUAGUACAUUGAUUCCUCUCAUGGACUAUGACAUGUUGUCUUCAUUGGCACCACCGCCUCCGUUGCCUGAAACUUCUUUGUACCAGAUGCAUACCUUCGAGGCCGGAUCGUUUGCGAUGGGCCGUGCGGUACUUCCGAUGAUGAACAACCAUGACUUUGGUAAGCACUACCAACAAAUGAUGGCCUCACCACAGUCAUCGAUGUCAUCCUACAACCACCACCAGCAACAACAGAUGAUGGAGAUGAGUGUAGACCAGGGCUUCAUGGUUGGAGUCGAUCCUGGGUAUGGUUCAUCGUCCAUAGUGUCUCACGAGGACGUUGUGACCUGGUUGAGCAACAACAACCAGGGUAACGGUGGCAUAGCAACCUCCGGCGAGAUCUUGUCAAUGAACAUGGGCAUAGAUGGCAUGUGGAAGUAUUGA